AUGGUUCACAUGAACGUUCUUGCUGACGCACUUAAAUCAAUAAAUAACGCUGAAAAACGUCAUAAACGUCAAGUUAUUAUUCGACCAUGUUCAAAAGUUAUCAUUAAAUUUUUAACUGUCAUGAUGAAACAUGGUUAUAUUGGUGAAUUCGAAAUAAUCGAUGAUCAUCGCAGUGGUAAAAUAGUUGUUAAUUUAAACGGUCGAUUAAACAAAUGUGGCGUUAUCAGUCCUCGUUUCGAUUGUCCUAUUCGUGAUAUUGAAACAUGGACAAAAAAUCUUUUACCAUCACGUCAAUUUGGAUAUGUCGUAUUAACAACAUCACAUGGUAUAUUAGAUCAUGAAGAAGCUCGACGAAAACAUACUGGUGGUAAAGUUCUCGGAUUUUUCUUUUAA